CUUAGGCUUACUAUUGUUUAUUUUCUUAUUCCAUUUUUAACGCUAUAAUGUCAUAAAGUAUAUUUAAAAUUGAUUUGAAUACGCUGAGUUAACAGUAUCCUAUCGUUUGAUCUUAUAAUAAUCUUUUUUUAUUUAGCCCUGAUAUAAGAAGAAGGAGUUCUAAACGAAUUAAUUUAAAGUUUCUUUGUCCUGCUACGUAAUAUAUUACGAAGAUGACGUUAAAGUUAUCUUUAACCUUGCUUUUGUGUUUCGUACAAUGUUUUGCUUACAAACCCGUGGUUUUAAUUCAUGGAAUAAUGACGGGAAGCGGGAGCAUGGAGAUUAUUUCGCGAAGGAUACAAGAGAAACAUCCUGGAACAAAAAUAUACAAUGUGAAUAGAUUUGAGAGCUGGUCGAGUUUGGAAACCAUGUGGCAUCAAGUCCUGGAAAUAGGGAAAGAUGUAGCAAACAUAUCUAGUCAAUACCCUGAGGGGAUUAAUCUUAUUGGUUACUCCCAGGGUGGUUUGGUAGCUCGUGGUAUCGUUCAGACAUUUCCUAAUGUGUCUGUUGAUACUUUUAUUUCGUUAAGUUCACCGCAGGCCGGACAAUAUGGAGCCGGCUUUUUACACGUCGUCUUUCCAGGAUUAGUGAAGGAAUCGGCAUAUGAGUUGUUUUAUUCACGAGUUGGGCAACACACUUCUGUAGGUAACUACUGGAGGGAUCCAUAUCAUCAACCCCUGUAUGAAAAAUAUAGUGUGUACCUACCGUACAUUAAUAAUCAUAUUGUAUCAGAAAAAUCUAACGAUUUUAAAACAAAUUUACUUCGCUUGAAGAGGCUUGUUCUCAUUGGAGGGCCCGACGAUCAAGUAAUCACUCCUUGGCAAAGUAGUCAAUUCGGGUACUACAACGCAAACGAAACGGUCAUAGAGAUGCGCGGCCAAGACAUAUACACGUUGGACCGCAUUGGGCUGCGAGCGCUCGACACGAGCGGACGUCUACACGUGGUCACUGUGCCCGCAGUUAAUCACUUCAAUUGGCACAUGAAUGUGAGCAUUGUGGAUGAUUAUUUAUUGCCGUAUUUGAAUUAAAUUGUAGUAUAGCUAGCGAAAAUAAUUUUGGGAGGGGGGGGGGGGGA